AUGGCUAAUAUACCUGAACAUCGGAAAUGGAUGUAUAAUCGAUUGUUACCCGGAAAAAGGGGGUACACAGAUGAGUUCUUAUUGGGUGUUGAGGAAUUUGUAAAUUAUGCAAGCACACUUCCUGUAUACAAGGCUUCAAUGAAGAUUAGGUGUCCAUGUAGUAAGUGUAAGAAUAGAGUACACUUGUCUGCAGAUGAUGUUCGUGUUCAUUUAUAUAGGAAGGGUUUUGAACCAAGUUAUUGGAUUUGGACAUGUCACGGUGAGCUUCCACCUUCAAUACAACCCCACAUGAAUGAGGGCCCUAGUGAAAAUAACCAAUAUGAACAAAUGGUUUUUGAUGCAUCUGGUCCAUCAUUUUUUCCAUUAAAUGUCGAAAAUGACCAAGAUGAAGAACCACAUAGUAGUGCAAAAAACUUCUAUGAAUUGUUAGAUGCUGCGAGACAACCUUUAUCAAUGAAUGUUAAUGAAGAAACAGAGAUGGCAUAUACAUUGAGGAUGAUGAAUAUCAAGUCAACUUUUAAUAUACCACAGCUAGCAAUGGAUCAGAUAUUUCAGUAUAUUAACCAUUUGAUGGGUCCCGAUAAUCGAGUACCUACCAGGUAUUAUGAUGCAAAAAAGUUACUUACAAAGCUUGGUCUUGGACAUGAGAAGAUUGAUUGUUGUGUAAACAAUUGUAUGUUGUACUCUAAGUCUGAAAUAAAUGACAAGCACUGUAAGUUUUGUGGUGAGACAAGAUUUAAACCUUGCCCAUCUGGAUCUACUCGUGCAAAAGAGGUGCCUCGUAAAAGAAUGCAUUACCUUCCUCUCAUUCCUCGAUUGCAACGUUUGUAUGCAUCACAUAGCUCUGCUUCACACAUGCGAUGGCAUUAUGAAAAUCGUCGCGAACCUGGUAUUAUGUGUCAUCCCUCUGAUGGUGAAGCAUGGAAGCACUUUGAUAGAAGGUUCCCUGAUUUCUCAGUAGAUCCCCGAAAUGUAAGACUGGGCUUAUGUUCUGAUGGAUUUUCUCCUUUUGGUUUCAAUGCAAAGCCGUACUCUUGUUGGCCUGUUAUGGUUGUUCCGUAUAAUCUCCCACCUUCAAUGUGUAUGACUACACCAUACACAUUCUUAACCUGUAUUAUUCCUGGACCGAAGAAUCCAAAGGCCAAUAUUGAUGUCUAUCUUCAGCCUUUAAUUGAUGAACUUCAAUUGUUAUGGGAAACAGGUGUCUUAACUUAUGAUGCAUCACUUAAACAAAAUUUUAUGAUGCGCGCUGCGUUAAUGUGGACCAUCAAUGACUUUCCUGCAUACGGUAUGUUAUCUGGAUGGCAGACAGCCGGGAAACUAGCAUGUCCUUAUUGUCUUCAUUAUUCUAAAUCAUUUUAUCUGAAGAAUGGUCAUAAAACAUGUUGGUUUGAUUGUCAUCGUCAAUUCCUUCCAAUGAAUCACUCAUGGAGGAAGAAUCGAGAUACCUUCGUCAAACAACGAGCUGAGAAAUCAAGACCUCAACCAAUUUGGACAGGAGAUGAGUUGUUUCAUAGUUUGGAAAAUAUCCCAAGGAUUAUUGAUGGUCCAAUUGGUCGCAUUGAGGCGUUUGGACAAGCACACAACUGGAAAAAAAAAAGCAUAUUUUGGGAUUUGCCUUAUUGGAAGGAUAAUUUGUUACGUCACAAUCUUGAUGUGAUGCAUAUAGAGAAAAAUGUGUUUGAUAACAUUUUCCACACAGUUAUGGAUGUCAAAGGCACAGCUAAAAAUAAAGACACGCCUAAUGCACGUCUCGAUAUGAAGGACGUGUGUAAUAGGCCCGAACUUGAGUUGGUGGAAAAGAAUGGACGUUAUCUUAUGCCCAAGGCAAGCUACAGUUUGAAUCGUACUAAUCAAUUAGCUGUCUAUGAGUGGUUACGAACUUUGAAGUUACCUGAUGGGUUUUCUUCUAAUUUGGCUACAUGUGUUGAUUCCACAUAUUCUAAAUUAAUAGGGAUGAAAAGUCAUGAUUGUCAUAUUUUUAUGCAGUUUCUUAUGCCUGUAGCCUUCAUGUUUUUACCAAGCUGUCACUGGAAGCCUUUGACUGAGUUAAGUGCGUUUUUUAGAAAUCUUUGCUCUACAUCCCUACGUGUAGACAAAAUACAGGAAAUGGAAAACUCAAUUGUUUUAACAUUGUGUAAGUUAGAACGAUUUUUCCCUCCAGCACUGUUUGAUUGCAUGGAACACUUGCCUGUCCAUCUUCCCUAUGAAGCACGUUUAGGUGGCCCAGUACAAUAUCGUUGGAUGUAUCCAUUUGAACGCUUCCUCAAUCACUUGAAGUCCAAAAUGAAAAAUAAGAGAUAUGUUAAAGGUUCAAUUGCUGAUGCAUAUAUGCUUGAAGAGGCAACACACUUUGCAUCAUUUUAUUUUGAAGAUGAUGUGCAGAGUAGAAGAACAAGGAUAGGUCGGAACCUAAAUGAUGACGACAUUGAUCAGAACUUACCAGUUACUUUGUCAAUAUUCAAUCGACCUGGUCGGUCGAUGGGCAGGAGAAAGACAAGAUAUUUGAGUGUAGAAGAACGUUUCACCGCUCAUCAAUAUGUGUUACUGAAUUGUGAGGAGGUUCAACCGAUUUUAAGAACUCAAGAUCAUUUUGAGUUCUGGUUUCGCAUACCAGAACUCAAAACAUCAUUUCGAGUUCUGAAAAUGUCUCAAUGUGCAAGGCAAAAUAGUACAACGUUGAUGUCCCAACCACCAAUAUCUAACUCUGAAAGUCCACCAUCAAAUACUCUCCCACAGUCCAGCCGAAAUAGUGAUUCGGAGCGAACUAUAUCAGCCUUACCAAAUGAUGUUCCAUCACCUCCAACUUCACCAAGCAACAGGCCCAUAGUUUGA